UAAUGGAUAAAAUCUUUUCUGAUCUUAAAAAUAAAUUUAUUUUAGUGUAUCUUGAUGAUAUUACUAUUUAUUCAAAAACUUUUGAGGAACACUUAGAACAUUUAAAGAAAGUUUUUAAACGACUACAAAAUGCUGGGUUAAAAUUAGGAAAAGAUAAAUAUUGUUUUAAAAAACAACAGCUAGCUUUUCUUGGACAUAUUAUUAGUGAAAAUGGUAUUGCUCCUGAUCCUUCAAAAAUUGAUAAGGUUCAAAAUUAUCCUGCACCUAGUAAUCUUACUGAACUUCAAGGAUUUAUUGGGUUAGCUUCUUAUUAUCGAAGGUUUAUUCUUAACUUUUCACAAAUUAAAAAAUCAACAACUGCUCCUAUUUUACAAUAUCCCGAUUUUGAAAAACCAUUCAUACUUUUUACUGACGCUUCGUAUCAAGGCUUGGGUGCCAUUCUUGAUCAAAAGGAUAAUGAUAAUAAUGAACAUGUAAUAGCAUAUGCUAGUAGAUCUUUGAAUGCUGCUGAAAUUAAUUAUUCUCCAACCGAAAUUAAAUGUUUUGCUGCAGUUUGGGGAAUGGAAUAUUUUCAACCUUAUAUUUAUAUGAAACCUUUUAACCUUAUCACUGAUCAUUCAGCACUUCGUUGGUUACUAAAUCAGCCUAAUCCUGCCAAAAGAGUUACUCGAUGGAUACAACGGAUAGCUGAUUAUCCUUACACAGUCAUACAUCGCAAGGAACGAGUCCACUCAAAUGUAAAUGCACUUUCUUGGCUUCUUAAAAAGCCAUCCUAG